AUGUCAGCACGCAAAGUUUUGAUGUUACACGGGUAUGCGCAGAGCGGGACCAUCUUCAGCAAGCGGAUGGGUGCUUUCCGCAAGACAUGCAACAAAGAGUUUGACUUAGUCUUCGUGGACGCCCCUCACGUACUGACGCCGGUCGAUAUGGCGUACCUCACGUCGCAGUCGCCCGAGUCGUCCCUUGAUAAUCUCGGCGCUGCAGAGGCGACCACUGAGACGGACCCCGUCCUCGCCCCGCGUGGUUGGUGGCGAGUGAACGAGGAUCGGACGCAAACGAACGGGCUCGAAGAAUCCCUCGCCGUGCUACGAGACGUGCUUGCGAAGGACCACUAUGAUGGAGUAUUUGGGUUUAGCCAGGGCGCCGCCAUGGCAGCUAUCCUCGCGGCCUUGCUCGAGAAGCCGGCGGUGCAUCCGCCAUUCUUGAUCAAUGGGGAGCCGCCCCAUCCACCUUUGCAGUUCUGCGUUGCCGUAGCAGGCUUCAGGCCGGUUAGUCCGCUCUGCGACGUCAUCUUGUUACCUUCGUAUCCCACGCGAAGCCUGCACAUCCUGGGAAGGACGGAUGUCAUCGUCGUCGAAGAACGGUCCAGGACGAUACUGGAUAUUUCGAGUAACAAGCGGGUCGAGUACCACGAUGGAGGUCAUUUCGUCCCCUCCAAGGCGCCGUGGCGGAACUUCAUGCGCAGCUACCUUCGAGAUCCUGCGGGAGACGUGCCUUCCCCGGGCUCUGCAGCACCGUCACAGGACGCUUCGGGAGCCUCGACCCCCAAAGCGUCCGGUAGCGCUACCCCUAGCGCUUUAUGA